AUGAAAUUCGGCAAGAGUUUAGGACGAACUAUUGAGGACAUUCCUUCCGAAUGGAGACCUUUCGUCAUUCAGUACAAAACGUUAAAGAGAUGUAUUCAUAAAAUCGUUCAAGAACUAAACGAUAAAGGAAUUUCUCGAAACGUUCUCAAAACCAUGCUGGAUGCUGCGGAAGGGUACAAAAUGGAAUACUCCUUUGAAGCCAAUCCAAUUCAAAUUCGACCCUAUAUUAUUCUAAACUUGGAUGCUCAUGAACAUUCUCCUGAUAUUCAACAUAUUCUCGAAACCACUCACACCGAGUUCACAACAUGUGAUUCUGGUUCCGUGUCGUCAUUACUUUCCUUGCGCACAACCGAUUCAAAUGAUACGGAAACUAAUUCUGACCCACAUGAUUACGUUACGGACGUCAUUUCUAGCGAUUCCAUUAGUCCACAUCCCGAAUCAAUUGAUCAAUCGCGCAGAAUAACGUAUAUUAAACUUGAAACCGAUGGCGAAUUUUUCAAUACGCUAUUAGAAGAAAUCUCGCAAUUUAAACACCUACAGCAACAAAAACAAGAUGAAUUUGUAAAUAAUAUGGAUCGAUUGCGUGAACUGUUGAUCAAUGUGGCAGAAAUUUUUGUUGGGAACACUGAAUCAGAUCGUAAUGAACGUAGCUGCAAAAACGCUCAAGAUCAAUUCAAAUGGUUUGUCGACGAAUUGUUUAGAACUGAAUUGACUAGUAAAUUCAAAUUAAAUUCCUCACGAGAAGCCUUUCACGAAUUUUUAAGAAUAAAUAAUGAUUUGAUCGCUAUGAAACAUUUUCAAUCUCUCAACGAAACCGCCAUGUCUAAGAUCCUUAAAAAACACGAUAAACAAACGUGUUUAGCUGCCAGUCCUAGCUUUGAAAAGUUAUUGGAGAACGAUCCAUAUAUUAUCAAAAAUAUGUUUAAAUCUCUGUGUUUUACAAUGAAUAAUCAAUUAUCGACAGUUAUUCCACAACCUGAAGAUCAUACUUGUCCGAUUUGCACUUUAAUUUAUUGGAAACCAAUUCGAUUAAGUUGUGGACACGUAUUUUGUAUAAAUUGUCUUAUUAAAGCUGAACGUAAAGGAAUGCGCAAUUGUCCAAUUUGUCGAUCCAGAGAUUCUAUUUAUAAUGCAAACGCAAGCAAUUUAGAUAAGCCUUUACGGAAUUUUUUAAAACUAUAUUUCCCAAAAGAAGUUAAAGCCAAACAAGCAGAGGUUGAUAAAGAAGCAGCUAAAGAGGAAAUGGAUAUGCUAGCAAGAUGUCAAUUUAUUACAUGUGGUUCUGCAGUCAAAAUGACACAUAGCCCCUCUAAUUAUAAAUUACAUUCGCAUGCUAUAGCAUAUGGUAGUGGAUCAGGACAACAAAGUGUUACGGGACUUCUAAAUGCCGACGAUCCAGAUUCACUUUGGAUUGUAAAAGGAGCUCAUGGUGCAUCAUGUCUAAGAGGAGAACCAAUUAAAUGCGGGUCAAUUAUCAGGUUACAGCAUUCAGGUACUGGUAAAUUUUUACACAGUCAUUAUCACCAUUCGCCAAUAUCACAACAACAAGAAGUUAGCGCAUUUGAAGGAUUUGAUACAGGAGAUAAUUGGAAAUUAACCUGUUUAAAUAAAUCUUCAAUAUAUUGGUUAAGAGAACAAAAAGUUCAAUUUAUGCAUUUAGAAACCUCUUCAUAUUUAUCAGCUAAUAAAGAAUAUAUAUAUAAUAAACCUAUUCAUGGACAAAUUGAAGUUUCUGCUAGCAAAAGAUUAGGUCAAGAUACCGAAUGGAUCGCUCAAGAAGGAAUCUAUUUUGUUGAUAGAAAUCUUUUAUAA